AUGACCUUGCCAACCAAUACAAACGUCGCAGCGAAUGGCGGCAGUGGCAGCGACGAUGACUCGGACAUGUUCGGCCCGCCCCGCUGCUCCCCGCCGAUGGGCCAUCACCAUCAUCGAUCGCGCGUGCCGAUGAUUUCGCCGAAGCUACGGCAGCGCGAGGAGCGCAAGCGGAUCCUGCAGCUCUGCGCCCACAAAAUGGAGCGCAUCAAGGACUCGGAGACAAAUCUGCGGCGCAGCGUCUGCAUCAACAACACCUACUGUCGCCUCAACGACGAGCUGCGACGCGAGAAGCAGCUGCGUCACCUGCAGAAUCUGCCCAGCAACAUCAACAGCAACAUCAGCAACGCCAAAUCCCAAUACGGAGACUGCUCUUCCACGGGUCGCACCAUGUGCUCCAUUGAAAACCAGCCGAUGCGCCAGCAGCCGACCACUCCCGCAUCAGCCGCUGCGCAAUCCGCCACGGCGGUCGUCCGGAAGCGAAACCUGUCCAGCAGCAAUCUGGUGAACGACCUGGAGAUACUAGACCGCGAGCUGAGCGCAAUCAAUGCGCCCAUGCUGCUCAUCGACCCGGAGAUCACCCAGGGGGCGGAGCAACUGGAGAAGGCCUCCCUCUCUGCAUCCCGCAAGCGAAUGAGGAGCAACAGCAUCAGCGAGGACGAGAGCGACCGGUUGGUGCGUGAAGCCCUAUCCCAGUUCUACAUACCGCCGCAGCGCCUCAUCUCGGCUAUCGAGGAAUGCCCCCUGGACGUGGUCGGACUGGGCAUGGGGAUGGGCAACCAGAAGGACUUUGAAGUGAUAAUGGAUGCCCUGCGCCUGGGCACACCCACGUCUCCCAGCGUCGCCAAUGACUCGUGCGGCCAGGCAGCCAUGUUGAGCGAGUCAGCGAGUGUGUUUCACAAUCUUGUGGUCACCUCGCUGGAGACAUGA